UUAAUUGUUAAUUUUUUGAAAGAAAUUUUCUUUUUCUUUAUUAUUGAUUGUGAUUUAAAAAGAUUGUCUUGAUUAGUGUUUAUUUAAUUUGGAUUGGUUAACAUGCAACCUCAUCCUAAUUUUGUUGAACGUUACAAGGAGACUAGUUUUCCAAUAAGAGUUUCUUAUUGUGGUGAAUGUGGUUUACCAAUUGAAUAUUGUUCUUAUUUUCCUGAUUUUGAGAAAUGUAAAAUUUGGUUGGAGAAAAAUUUACCUGAUGAAUUUGAAAAAUUACUGGGAAUCUCUGAGGCCGGUGGAGAUGAUAAAGGUGAAGAUGGUAAAAAAUCGGGUCGACAAAAACGUGGAGGAAAAGGAAUGGUUAAAGUAAAGAAAAAGGCUGAAGUUGACCGACAUAUUGGCCUUUGGAGGGCGAAUCGAGGUAAAAAGAAAUACGUGACCAUCGUUAGUGGACUGACAACCUACGAAAUUGAUCUGAAAGAAGCUUCUAAAUUUUUCGCCGCUAAAUUUGCUUGUGGAUCUUCAGUUACCGGUAACGAAGUUGUUAUCCAAGGAGAUGUUAAAGAUGAUCUAUUUGAUAUAAUGACCGAUAAAUGGCCUGAAAUCGAUGAAGAUUCAAUAGAAGAUAUGGGAGAGAAGAAAAUUUGAUUAACCAUUACAACUUUUCAUCAUCAAAAAAAAAGUCAAAAAUUAACGUUAUGAUUUAUACCAAAUAAUUAACAAAAUUUUGUCUCAAUCAA